AUGGGCGAGAGCAAACUCGACGAUGUAAAUCCUUCCCCUAACUCCACUCCCUACCAGCCACAACAUUUCAGUGCCUCGUCGACCACCUCAGAUAUCAAGGCCAGCCUACGCAACAUCAUGUCGAGUUAUCGAAGGAGGAUUGGAUGCGCAACCCCGAUACCCAUUCGCAAACGUUAUAGUUUGCGCUUCAAGCUCUACAUGGCAAUCAUCUUACUCGAUCGAGAUGGCCGACUCCGGUCAGGGCAACCGCAAGGCGUGGUUGGGCCGAAGAGUGGUGACGAUGCCACGGGAGGCACCGAUAGAUCAAUUUAG